AUGAUUAACAACGAAAUAUCCUCAAACCCAACCACCGAUUCGAAAACAAUGGAAGCGCCAGAGCAACCAGUUAUUCCUCGACAAGUGCCACGACCACUUACGACUGACGAAUCAAUACGCAGUCAUGUACGAAUGUUAAUGGAAGGUGAUCGACUUGGAACGGACGAGUUAUUUGACGCACUGAACAAAUUCUUCGAUGAGCAAAAUUAUUCACCAUCACAGCGAAUUACUUGCGCACAGAUGUUUUUAAACGACGAAGGAAAAGCCUGCGAACAUAAAAGAUAUAGAUAUCAUCGAACAAAAAUGUCAACAGAUCAAUAUACAUUAGUGUGGAUCGAUUUGGAGAUGGACGGAUUGGAUUUGAACAAGAAUUUCAUUCUCGAAAUUGCUUGUAUUCUUACAGAUUUUAAUUUAACAACGAUUUAUGAAGGUCCUGAUCUAGUAAUUCAUCAUCCGAAAGCACUCAUGGAUGCCAUGGGUCCUUGGUGUAUGGAACAUCAUACAAAGUCAGGAUUGGUUGAACAAGUCUUGAACAGUAGAUUGUCUAUGAGCGAUGCUGAAACAAAGAUAAUCAAUUUUAUUGAGAAAACAAUUUCAUCGUCAACAGCAAACAACAAACGGUUGAUUCUCGCUGGUAAUUCUGUUUAUGUUGAUCGAUAUUUCUUAGAGAAAGACAUGCCACGUUUAAAUGCAAUGCUUGAUCGAUCCAUUCUUGAUUGUAGCACAUUAAAAGAACUAAUUCGUCGGUUCAAUUAUCGGAUUUAUUCUCAAGCACCAGUCAAAGGUGGAAAUCUUCAUCGUGCGCUCGAUGACAUAAGAAAUAGUAUUGACGAAUUUCGAUAUUAUCAAACAUUCGCAUUCGAAGAAAAACAAUCCACAGAAAACAAACGUAUCACAUCAUCAAAGCCAGAUAUUUCCCAAUAUCUAGUAUGGAUUGAUAUUGCUGAUAGUUCAGUGCAUGGUAUUCUAACUGAUGAAAAUCUGGAUGUCAUUGACGAAAUCAACGGUGCAAAGACAAGUGAUGAUUUAGUGAAGUUUUUCCAUCAAAAUCGAAUCUACUCGGAAAGAAAGGUUGCUGUUGCUGGAAAGCAUUUGGGUCCGAUCCGUGCACAACUGAAGAUUCUCGCUCCGGAAUUCAAUGAGUUUUGUCAUUAUCGUUCGAUUGACAUUGAUGUCGUGUCUGUUAUCUGUGAACAAUGGUUUCCUGAUGUUUAUAAGCAACGGCCUACUCAUGACGAAAAAGAAAACAAUCUGAAGAAUUCCAUCGAACUUCUUCGGUUUUACCGCUCAAGAAUAUUCAAAUAA